CCGACAGACCAGAAGUAACUCUUCAGUCUUUUACCGGCUCCAAAUCGUGCCUAACAUCACCUUGUUCUUCAUCUUAGAACUGUCAAUACCACGUGAGAAGGUCGGUCGUCGAUCGCAUAAGAAUUCCUGUGGUACGCACACACGUUUUGAAUCCUCUUUCUGCCGGAAAAUGACCAAUAGGAUUCUAUGAACUAUUUCCGAUUGAAAUGAACUCAAUGUGUACAUUCUAUUGAAUUUUGUUAAUGUUGUUUUUAGUUUAUUACAAGUUGAAUAUAUUACUACGAUGAGGUUUUAUGUUGUAGUGUUCUUGUGUUUAAUCGACUAUUUUCUGGUUGUUUCCUCCAUUGAGAUCCGGCAUAGUAGAGAUCCCAAAUUGCUCUUCGGAGGAUACAGAAUAACACCGAGAUUUUGCAAGCCAACAAGAAAAAUUUUCAAUGAUACCGGCGGACCAAACGUUUGCAUGUUCAACCACGAAUGUAUACUCAGACAAGGCGAAGUGGUUGGAGCUUGCAUGGAUGGUUUUCUAUUUGGAGCAUGCUGCCAUCUCAGUACUGGUACUACUGGCGAACUCAUUCAAAACGCAUCCACGAACAGUCUGAAGGAGAAAGAACCAGAACCAAUGGAUAAAAAGCCACCGGUUGACUUACCCAGUAGUCCAUCAGUAGAUAUCACAUCCAGCGGAAUACAUCAAAUAACGCAAACCUUACUUAACCAAGACUUGCUUCAGACGAUAGAUAAUAAUGCUAUAGUUCAAGUGAAUGAAAAUGAAAACGGGUUCAGCACAUCGGGACUACUACACCAUCCUCUACCAGAUACUGCACUAAACACCGAAAGCGUAACGCUGGUGACAUCUAAUGGUUACGUGACGAAAAAGCCCACAACUGAAAGUAGAAAAACAACCACUACUCGAAUUGAACAAUCGACACAUCCUUAUGACCGCGACACUCCACUACUGACGGUUUCCGUUUCAUCGCCAUCUUAUACUGCCAAACCUAUGACAACUACUUUUGUACGACCAAUGUUUCACCAGAAACCAUUCGACACUGACAAGUAUGUACUUGUUCCUACCAUAACAAAACCAAAUGAACCUUCAAGUGAUAAUUACCCAGUUAUUCAUCUGUUGAACAAUGAUGGGACAUCAGAUGUCUAUCAACACUCAACCACGUCGAAAAAUCCUGUUUCUACUUCUUAUAUUUAUGGUGCAGCUACAAGUUAUAAGCCAUUCACAUCAAAGAAACCUCCAUCUACGUCGUAUGUCUUCAGCACAGCAAUUCCUCCAAGAAGAACAACUAGUUCCCAAACAACUACCACUAAGUUGAAACCAUCAAGUACGAAGAAGAAGGGCAGUAAACCUACGAAAAACUCGAACAAGAAGACGACUAAACCAAAUCAAUCAAUAUAUUCAGAUUCGACAAGACCGUACACACAAACGACGAAGAAACCACCAUCAACAUCUUACAUCUACAGUUCCAUUCCAACUAGACGACCUGGAUCAACAAUUGGCGUGAAUGGGCCUGGAAUUUCUAUCUCCUCUGAUCCUAUUCCGCAGUUUUCAAGUAGCACAGGAUACCCUAGUCCUGCGCCAACGCUUAUCGUUCUAAGUCCAAUAACAGAGGAAGAUCCCUAUACUAGACCAGUAUCACAAGCUCCAUCGUUCAGUUCUCCUUAUCCUUCAACUUAUCAAACACCUUCCCCGAAACCUCCAAGAAAACCAGUUAAUCAUGUAACAAUCAAUAAUCAUGUCACUCAAAAUAUAUAUCCAGGAACUAGGCCAUCGAGCGUAGGUCCAUCAUCGAACGGGUAUAUAGGAUCUAGUGAGAAACCAUCACCGACUGUUCUUAUCACCCCUAAGCCUAACAUUGUUUCAUCUUCAGGAAGACCUACACCUUAUGAUGAAUACGUAACAGCAGGUAUCAAUGUAGAACCUUCUCUUGAUGAACUCAAUAAUUUUCCUCCAGUUAGAAAUCCCAAUUUGAAUAUGUCACUUUAUGGAGAUAAUGAUGUCACUACACCAGAAUUUGCUGAAGAUGAGCUUCUUGAUGAAAAGAUGGAAUCUUUCGUGAAUAAAAUCAUUCAGGGCUUGCAGGAACCAUUCCAAGAUCUUAAAGAUGUAGUUUACAACCAAAAUAAAACUAAACCAAUAAAAAAGCAAGGCACGACUACUAAGAAACCAGUGGCAAAACCUGCUAGACCAGCAACUACCAUUCGACCUGUUAGACCUUCAUCUGUCAGACCACUAUCACCUUCUAGACCCUCAUCCUACAGGCCUACUUCUCUUAGACCAUCAACAUCUGGAAGACCGCCAGUUCGUCCGUCUUCAGUUCGACCUUCUUCUGUAAGACCUCCAUCAGCAAGACCUACUUCUAACAGAAUAACUACUACUAAAUUGACAACACGAAGACCAACAAGACGACCAGCUAACACACAGACGACCAUUACUUCAACGAAAAAACCUUCAACUUCUACAAAAAAGCCUUCAACAUCUUCAAAAAAACCAUCAAAGGGCACCAGAAGGCCAACAACAACAACGGAAUCUUUGAUUGAAAAAGAUACAAUCUCACCCAGUAUUUUCACUGACGAUUACAGAAGAGAAUGCGGUCGUAGGCCUUUGAUGAAAACUGGCCGUAUCGUUGGAGGAAGAGAAGCCACAUUUGGAAAAUGGCCCUGGCAGGUUCUUGUCAGGGAGUCCACAUGGUUGGGUCUUUUCACCAAGAACAAAUGCGGAGGAGUUCUCAUCAGUAACAAAUAUGUUCUGACAGCUGCUCAUUGUCAACCAGGAUUCCUAGCAUCCCUGGUAGCAGUUUUUGGAGAAUUCGACAUUUCCGGCGAACUAGAGUCCAAGAGGUCACAAAGCAGAAACGUGAAGAGGGUUAUCGUGAACAGAGGAUAUGAUCCACUUACUUUCGAAAAUGAUCUGGCAUUGUUGGAGUUGGAAAGUACCAUAAAGUUCGACCAACAUAUAAUACCCAUAUGCUUACCGAGAGACAAUGAAGAUUUCACUGGAAGAAUGGCUACAGUAACAGGUUGGGGAAGACUUAAAUACAAUGGAGGAGUUCCAUCGGUACUUCAGGAAGUCCAAGUACCUAUAAUGGAGAAUUCAGUAUGCCAGGAGAUGUUCAAAACAGCCGCUCAUUCGAAAGUAAUUCUAGACUCUUUCCUCUGUGCAGGAUAUGCAAAUGGACAGAAGGAUUCAUGUGAGGGUGAUUCAGGAGGGCCACUGGUUCUUCCACGCAGCGAUGGCAGAUAUCAGUUGGCUGGAACGGUAUCCCACGGGGUGAAAUGCGCAUCCCCCUACUUACCGGGUGUAUAUAUGCGGACGCAAUGGUUCAAACCUUGGAUCGAGUCCAUUACUGGAAUUAAUUGAUGCCACAUUCAGAAUACCCGAUCCUUUCCAAUUCCCUGAACGACCUAUUAGAAUUAUGAGAAUCAUUUGUGGAUUACGGCACUACGAGGAUGGUAGGGAAAGAAAAUAUUCUACCUGGAUGGAACCUAUUGAUUUUUUAAUGUUAUCAAGCUGGACGUAUUCUUAGUACUUCAGAAAAGACUGUUCCAUAUAGAAGAAUUUUAUAGAAGCAUAAUGUGUUCUGAGUAAAUGGACUACUUGAGUUAAUUCCAAAGUUUCACUCUAUGUUCCACCAAUAUUUUCUGUAGAACAGUUAUAAUAACAAAUUCACAAAAUUUCAAGGAAUUGUUUUGAAUAUUGAGGUUAUCAUUGUUUUUUCAGGAGCCAAUUAAAACGAGAAUAAUUAUUAACUGGCUAAUAUCUGUAUAACAUUAAAUUGUAAUAUGUGUCAAUUCUACCGAUCAUUUUUAUAUUCUCUCCCAGCAGCAGAGGAUAUGAAAUUCUGAUUCUUCAAAACAUGAACGGAAACUGCUCUCGCGUAUUUAUUUACAAAAUACACCAAGGCUGGCUAAUCGAAUAAGGGUGUUCCGAAACUGAUAUAUAUUAUCCCAUCAGAUUAGCUACUCAAACUUUAUGAAUCUCAAAACAGCAAAUUUCGUGGGAACAGAUGCGAUGCAUCAUUUAUUUUGAAAGGUCUCUUCGAAUUGCUUCGUAUAUCUAUCGAAAGCCAGUGUUUCGAACCCUAAAAACUUGAAGUUUUUUUGUGAAUAUCCGAUUUUUGAAAACUUACAAAUAUAAUAAAAUAUCAUUGUUGAUUAUCUUCCCUAAUAUUUAUUUUUCGUAUAAUAUACGAAUUAUCCAUUCGAAACUUAGGUAUAUUUCGAAUCCAGAAAAUGUUUCUUUUGUGAAUGUACAGUGAUUUAGAUUAUGAAAAAUUUCAAAAAUAAAUAAAUAUUUUAUUAUCGUUUAUUGUCCUCCCAAACAU